AUGACGAUGCACGACUACGAGACGGACAAGUCGACGACCGACUUGAUUCGGCCUGCGACGAAGGAUACCGAGCAGUUUGAACUGACCGAGGAUCUCAAGGGCAAGAUUCGUGUCGCUACUCGCAACGGCCCUCUUAGUGAUGAGGAGGCAGCGAGGCGACUGAAGCUCUUCCGCCAGUCGGCACAGUAUGAUCCCAACAUUCCCAUCGAGGACCUCGAUGAUGUGGAUCAUGCUCUGCAGGAGCAUGAUGCCAGCAAGGAAAAUGAACUAGUGCAUGGCUUGGUUGAGGAUAGUCCCUACCCUGAGUUGACUGUCAAGAACUACGACGUCGAUGUUCCCGCCAACACGGUUCGAGCUUGGGUGAUUGGCAUGACCAUGACUACCAUCUUCUCGGCUCUCAACAUGCUCUUCUCCAUGAGAUCGCCGUCCAUCAUCAUCACCUCGAUUGUUGCUCAAUUGGUUGCGUACCCCCUGGGCAUGGGCUGGUCCAAGGUCAUGCCCAGCCGACAGCUCAGCCUGUGUGGUCUCAAGUUCAGUCUCAACCCGGGCCCGUUCAACUUCAAGGAGCACGGCCUCAUUGUCCUCAUGGCGAAUGCUUCCUAUGGCUCUGGAGCCGGCUACUUUACCGAUAUCCUCACUGCCCAAAAGGCCUACUACGGCUUCGACUGGGGUUGGGGCUAUGCCAUCCUGCUUGCUCUGACCACGCAGUGUAUCGGGUUCGGCAUCGCAGGUAUCGCGCGCAUCUGGCUCGUGGAGCCCGCGUCCAUGAUUUGGCCCGCAAACUUGGUCAGCACCACGUUCAUGUACACGCUCCACGACCACUCGAGGACGAACCCGGCCGAGUCAAACGGUUGGGCCAUUAGCCGGUACCGCUGGUUCUUUUACGUCGGUCUCGCCUCCUUCUUCUGGUACUGGAUCCCGGGCUAUCUCUUCCAGGCACUCAGCGUCUUUGCCUUUCCGACCUUUAUCGCCCCCGACAACGUCACCGUCAAUCAGGUCUUUGGCGGCUGGACGGGCAUGGGACUGCUUCCUCUGACCUUGGACUGGACUCAAAUCGCCGGCUACUUGGGCUCUCCGCUGGUGCCGCCGUUCCACUCCAUUUUCAACACGCUGAUUGGUGUCAUUGUCUUUUACUGGGUCGCCGCGGCCGGUAUUCACUGGACGGGCACGUGGUACGCCGACUACCUGCCCUUUAGCGACAGCGGAUCCUGGGACAAUACGCAGAGCUCGUACAACGUGAGCCGUAUCCUGACUCCGGACUUUGACCUCGAUGUUGCCAAGUACGAGGAGUACUCGCCCUUGUUCUUGUCGACCACUUUUGCCAUGAGCUACGGUCUCUCCUUUGCCGGCAUUGCCUCUGUCAUUGUCCACACGGCGCUCUUCCACGCCAAGGAGAUUUGGAUCCGGUUCCGGGACCGCGAGGGUACCUUGGACGAUGUCCAUGCCAAGAUGAUGCGCAAGUACAAGACUGUGCCUCAAUGGUGGUUUCUGUGCAUCUUUGUGCCCUGCCUGGCGCUUAGUUUCGCCACCUCGUACAUUUGGCCUACGGGAUUGACCUGGUGGGCUCUGCUGAUUGCCGUCGUCAUCAGCUUUGUCUGGAUGAUCCCCAUUGGCAUGGUCCAAGCCGUCACCAAUAUCCAGAUUGGUCUGAACGUCUUCACCGAGUUCAUGAUUGGGUACAUGCUGCCAGGGCGCCCUAAUGCCAUGAUGAUGUUCAAGACUUAUGGAUACAUUACCAUGACCCAAGGUCUUGCCUUUGUUGCGGAUAUGAAGCUGGGCCAUUAUCUAAAGCUACCACCUCGCACCAUGUUCUUUGGUCAGCUCAUCGCCACAGUAUGGUCGUGUCUGGUACAGGUGGCCGUCUUUUAUUGGGCUCUUGGCUCUAUCGAAGGAAUCUGCACCGCCGAUGCCGUCGCCCGCUUCACCUGCCCGAACGGCAAAGUCUUCUUCACGGCCUCGGUCAUCUGGGGUCUGAUUGGCCCCCAGCGCAUCUUUUCGGGCUCGGCCAUUUACGCCAACCUCCAAUAUUUCUGGAUCGCCGGUGCAGCGCUCCCCAUCAUCUUUUGGUUGAUCCAGCGCAAGUGGCCCAAGUCCUGGGUCCGCCUCCUGCACGCCCCCGUCAUCUUUUCCGGACCCGGUUAUAUCCCUCCCGCGACGCCGCUCAACUACCUUACUUGGGGCGUCAUUGGCAUCUUGUUUAACCGCUUCAUUCGCAACAAGUGGCGAGGCUGGUGGAUGAGAUUCAACUACAUCACCUCGGCCGGUCUAGAUGCCGGUCUCGCCCUCUGCACCAUUCUCAUUGUGCUCUCCAUCUCCCUCACCAACACGGCCGCGCCCGAUUGGUGGGGCAACAACCAGGCUCUCAACACCAUGGACUACAAUGGCAAUGCCUGGUACAAGACGGUAGACGAGGGUGAGACUUUUGGACCCGACUCGUGGUGA